UAGACAUGGAGCAAGCCCUAGUUAAUGAACCGUUCCUCAAAAUAUCGGAAUUUCCCGCCAACACACACACUCUCUCUCUCUUGUUCGUCCUUCUACUGCACUGUUUUCCGGCGACGUCAAGGCUAUGACUUGGUGGGAAGGGUUUAAUGAAACCCGUCUUCUUGUUGGACCAGAUCCAGGCGGGGCUGAAAAUCGUAUAGGACAGUUUUUGCCACUUCUUCAUCCAAAAUCAGGCAACAAAACGUGCUACCUCUUUGUCAAUGGAGAACUUCAAGAACUUAGCUGGUUCAAGCAAGCCUAUGGAUCUUGGUUCUUGGGGAACUAUGUUUGUGAAGAUGGUGGUCUAUAUACUGCAACUCCAGUUGAUCCUGUCUUCGUGUUGUUGCCUAUCUUUGACAAUGCACGGAUGAAGAGGGAAGAUGAUCCUGGGAAAUUCAGGCAACUAGAUGAGAUAUUGUUUAUUAAUGGAUAUCCUGCUUAUCAACAACUAUCUUCAAUUGCAGAAAAAUCUAUUGAAGUGGUUUGUGAUGUAAAAGAAAUUGGAUGUUCAAAAUUCUUUAGGCUUAACGAUUCUAAAGUCUUGUCUUGGAUGGUCUGUAAGGUGAACCAGCUGAAGCAAGCUGUUCUUGCAUUAGAUAAAAAUUACGCAGCUCAAGAUGACAAGAAAACAUUAGCAGAUGCAAUUUCCAUACUUGGAGAGUAUCUAAAGGAUGAACCAUGGUUGAAGAUGUUACAAAGUCAUCUUAAAUUAGACUUGCAAGAAAUGUAUAAAGCGACGCCUGAUGUAGAAACGCAUCAAUCCACUACAGCAGAUGGUCCUGCUUUGUUCAGUCCAUCACUGGAAAAGAGUGGAAUUGAGAAAAAAGCCAUAAAGAACACAAGACAGAACAAAAGGAUAAGAGAUGAGGGGAAAUCGCAAAAUAUCCGAUCUAUGUUUACCAGGGCUGCAAAAAAAGGUACAUGAUACCGUUUCAACUGCUUGGAAAAGUGUAUUUUUUUCAACAUGAUGAUGUCACAUUGUAUAAGAUGUACUUCAUUCAAUUUGGAAGAUCAUGACAUUAAUUGUUUUCUUAAGUUCAAAACCCUUUUGAUUU